AUCUGGAGGCGCGGAGCGAAAUCCUCUGCGUCCGGGUCCCCUCCCCAGACCUAGCCUUGCAGAGGCCAGGGCUCCGGGGCUCCCAGACCCAGCGGCCAGGCCAGACCGCGAGCUCGGAGGAGCGCGAGCCCCACCCUGCACCGAAGGCGCCGCUGAGAGCCGGGAAGAGGUGCCGCGCUCCAGACAGAGGUUGUGUCGUGGGCGCCGUCCUAGUGGCAGGGAGCGCACCGCGGAGGGGACAUGAGGUCGGAGAAAUCCCUGACGCUGGCGGCGCCGGGGGAGGUCCGUGGGCCCGAGGGGGAGCAACAGGAUGCGGGAGAUUUCCCGGAGGCCGGCGGGGGCGGGGGCUGCUGUAGUAGCGAGCGCCUGGUGAUCAAUAUCUCCGGGCUGCGCUUCGAGACGCAACUGCGCACCCUGUCGCUGUUUCCCGACACGCUGCUGGGAGACCCCGGUCGCAGAGUCCGCUUCUUCGACCCCCUGAGGAACGAGUACUUCUUCGACCGCAACCGGCCCAGCUUCGACGCCAUCCUCUAUUACUACCAGUCCGGGGGCCGCCUGCGGAGGCCGGUCAACGUGCCCCUGGACAUCUUCCUAGAGGAGAUCCGCUUCUAUCAGCUGGGGGAUGAGGCCCUGGCGGCCUUCCGGGAGGACGAGGGCUGCCUGCCGGAAGGUGGAGAGGACGAGAAGCCACUGCCCUCCCAGCCCUUUCAGCGCCAGGUCUGGCUUCUCUUCGAGUACCCUGAGAGCUCAGGCCCCGCCAGGGGCAUCGCCAUCGUCUCCGUGUUGGUCAUUCUUAUCUCCAUCGUCAUCUUUUGCUUGGAGACCUUGCCCCAGUUCCGUGCAGAUGGUCGAGGUGGAAGCAAUGGUGUGAGCAGAGACUCCCCAAUUUCCAGGGGUAGUCAAGAGGAAGAUGAGGAUGAAGAUGAUUCCUAUACCUUUCAUCCUGGCAUACCCCCAGGGGGCAUGGUGGCAGGGGGCUCCUCCUCACUAAGUACUCUUGGGGGCUCCUUCUUUACUGACCCGUUCUUUCUGGUGGAGACCCUGUGCAUAGUUUGGUUCACUUUUGAGCUCCUGGUUCGCUUUUCUGCCUGUCCCAGCAAGCCAGCCUUCUUCCGCAACAUCAUGAACAUCAUUGACUUGGUGGCCAUCUUCCCCUACUUCAUCACCUUGGGCACUGAGCUGGUGCAGCAGCAGGAGCAGCAGUCAGCUAGUGGAGGGGGCGGCCAGAAUGGACAGCAGGCCAUGUCCCUGGCCAUCCUCAGAGUGAUCCGCCUGGUCCGGGUGUUCCGCAUCUUCAAGCUGUCCCGCCACUCCAAGGGGCUACAGAUCCUGGGCAAGACCUUGCAGGCCUCCAUGCGGGAGCUGGGGCUGCUCAUCUUCUUCCUCUUCAUUGGAGUCAUCCUCUUCUCCAGUGCCGUCUACUUUGCAGAGGCUGAUGAUGAUGAUUCACUCUUUCCCAGCAUCCCAGAUGCCUUCUGGUGGGCAGUGGUUACAAUGACCACGGUAGGUUAUGGAGACAUGUACCCCAUGACGGUGGGGGGCAAGAUCGUGGGCUCGCUGUGUGCCAUCGCUGGGGUCCUCACCAUUGCCCUGCCUGUGCCCGUCAUUGUCUCCAACUUCAACUACUUCUACCACAGGGAGACAGAGCAGGAGGAGCAAGGCCAGUAUACCCAUGUCACUUGUGGGCAGCCUACACCAGACCUGAAGGCAGCCGACAGUGGACUUGGCAAGCCUGAAUUCUCCGAGACCACUCGGGAACGGAGACCCAGUUACCUUCCCCCUCCACAUCGGGCAUAUGCAGAGAAAAGGAUGCUCACUGAGGUCUGACUGAUGCAGUCAGGGUGUGAAUGGAAAGGAAGACACUGAGCAGUCUCAGGCUUCCUUCUCAUUCUCCACCCCCUCACCUGAGCUCCAGCUGAAUUCCUGACUCCCUCCCCUGCACCGGUCCAGAUAUCUGGACUGUCAACCUUGUUGCUUGAUCUCUACAGCAUUCAAGGUUUAACCAUCUAAAUGUCAUUCUUGAAAUUCUAACGGUGCCACCCAUUCAUGCCCAUCUUCUGUCAAGUGGAUGAGAUUUCCGUCUGACCUUCCCUCAUGACUCUAAACUUUCACGUCUGGGGCUGGUAAUAACUCUAGGAACAGAGAUGUCAGCAGGAUGGAAGCCAGGCUUACCUGGGUCCUAUUUCUCUCCUUGGUGUCCUUUGCUUUGGGGCAUGCACCUGUCAGCUUUGGGCUACAUGGUAACUAGCAGAAGCUGGAGGACAGACACAGUGUUCAUCUUUCUGUUUUAUUCCCGUGCCCUGUAACACCUGCUGCUCAUCCUGCAGAGGACCCUUGAUAAAGCCUUUAGCUGCACAGCCUCCAAAUCUGUUAUUUGUCUCGAAUCUUGGAAGGAAUUAGAGAAACUGCAAUUAAACUUGGCCAUUUGGAGGACAUUAGAGUCAGUCCCAGACCAAAGGGGCGAGUGGAUUCCUCCAGGUGUGUCCUGGCACAGUGGAUAUGUCAGCCUUGGGUCUACAUUCAGUUCUUCCCUCCCUGACUGUCUAACUUCCAGGAAGGUUCCUUCUCAGAGCCAAAUACUCUUUUUGUGCAAGUGCCUUCCUGUGCAGAGGAACUGGAAAGAGGGAACCACAAAGCCAAGAGAAAUGGCUGAACAGAGUCAAGCAAUUUGCCUGACCACAUUAUCUAAAGAGAGGUAUCACUUGAGCAGACAUUGUCAUCUGGGGGGCGUGCAAAGAGGACCUUGUUGCAGACGGGAAAUUUCUCCCCCACGCUUUCCCCCAACCCUCUCGAGCCCCCCACUCUGCUUCCUGGGAAUUUGACUUAGGAUUGCUGUUGAAGGUUUUCCAAAGCAAACUCUAGCUUAAACCUGCAGACAGGUAAAAGCAUGCAUUGGAUGCUAGCGUGGGGUUCUUCCCAUUUUAGAGGCAAUGAAAUAGGUUCAGAGUAAAGAAGAAACAUCAUUCCUUUGUUGACAGUCUUACUGUUAGAGGUGUUUUUUUUUUCUUUUUUUUUUUUUUUUUUUUUUUUUUUUUUUGCUGAGUCAAGCAAACAUUCACCUGCUCUGCCCCUUGGAGCUGCAGCUGACCUGCUCUAACUGGUAAGGUAAUGUGGCCGCGUCACCACCAGACAAGUCACCCUCUUCCAGCAUGAAACUGCUGCCUUCAUCCCACCUUCCCACUUCCCUUCAUUUCUCUCCUGGUAACAUUGUCAUUUGUUUGUUGCCUUGAAAAACUGUGAUGUACUGUUCUGAGCUCUUCUGGGUGCAGUUCAGAAACUGAAAGGACUGUUAACAUGUUUUUAAUUUUAUAUCUAUGCUUUAAGACUCUUUGAUGAAAAAUUUUUUUAAAUUAUUUUCUCAAAGAGCAACUUAAUGAGGGAUGGCCUUUUGAGGGUUUUCUUGAGAGGCACCGUGGCUCCUGUGAGUGCCAGAUCUAAAUCUGGAUUUUGCCACAGCCUGACAGGGUAACUUGGGUGCCACAGUGCCUCUUUGUGCCUCAAUUUCCCAACCCAUUAAAUGGGAACAUUAAUGUCUUCCCCUCCCUACCUCAUGGGGAAUGUCGAUGAACUCAUCUGGGAAGCUGGGGAUGAUGCUAUGCAAAUGUGUGAAUUUUAGUAAAGGACUUGAGUUUUUAGUUCAUUAGCCUGUUUUCCCAUUACCCAGAGGCAAAACCUCCCUGCAGAGUUCCUAUCUUGGAUCCAAAGCCCAAGAGUAGGCUAUAGUGGGUGAUUAGCUCCCUAAAUCCCUGCUUAACCUCUUGGCCUGGGCCUCAGUCUCUCUUCUUACCCUUCAGCAAGGAGAAUGCUCUUUAGACAGGUUCAGUGGGAUCCUUCCAGGGCCAGAGGCAGCCUUGACUGGGAGCUUGGCUUCUCCAAACCUGAAAUACAGAUAAGAGGAGUCCCCGAUUCGGAAAUCCGUUCCGAGGCCAUGAAGUUCUGGUUUUCCAAAUUCCUUCCGUUACUUCUGGCUUUGGGGGGCGAAAGGAGAAGGGCCUACUCCAGAGGCAGCGGGUUGCUUUCUGCGAGGGUAAAUGUUGGAACAUGUACGCAUGUUCAUCUCUAUAUGUAUGUAUGUUCAUCCUCAUCACCAUCCCUAAUAAAACAUUUCCUUUUCAAGUCAGAGCAUGCCUGAAAGUAAAGGGUUUGUGGAGAGCCGGGCUCUCCAGGGACUCUGGUUGCCAUAGCAACCUUCCAGACUGUUCUCUCUAUCUUCUGAUUUGGGCAUCAAGGGAGAACAGGAGACUACAUAUUCCCAGCUUCUGAAAUGGGAACACCUCCUACAUAGAGCUUGAGGGGCUGGUGAUGACCAGCCGGCUGUGUGACCUUCGGAAAAUGAGGGGGAAGCAGUUCCUCAAACUUUCUCCCUAGACCUCUCUUCCCGGUUUCCCCAUCCAGUCAUCGAAGCUGCCUCAUCUCACCCCCGAGUCUUCAGAAAUUUGAAUGCCAAACAACUGCCAGUUAAACCAAUGUCAAUAUUAUCUUUUGCAAAAUGACAAGGGGAGACUUGGAGGGGACGGGCUCCUCAAGAGGCGGCCAGGCGAGGCCCUCCGAGAGUCCUGACAGUCACAGUCCAUGAGAGUAUCAUGGAACUGCCAUCUCCUCAGAGAGGCUCCUCCCUGCUCUCAGAGAGACUGAAAGAAAUGACACUUCUUCCUCCUGGGGAUUAUCUAGCUCUGUUCCCAGCAAUCUCAUAGGUGGCUCUUCUCAAGACAUCGAAGAAGCAUGGAGAGGCUGUGACCUGACCUAGUUUCUGUGAAGGAUUUUGCCAAGCAGUCCCUCUGACUCUGAGCCUCUUUGUGUGGAAUCUGUGCCCCGAGCGUUGAGCACCCUGUGCCGCUGAGACAGCUGGAGUGGUGAUUUCCCAGCUGCCAGCAAAGGCGAGGGUCAGGCCUCUGCUACACCUGAUCGCCAGUAGGAGCUCCCAAAUGCCUUCCUGGAUCUGUCAGGCUCAGCUGAGACGUGGGAUAGUCCUCCUGCCGGAUCAUCCCUAAGGAGAGAGGGGGACAGCUGGCCGCCUUUGCAUCAGAGAAAUUCAGGUCAGAGGUGGAGUCACUUGCCCUUGGAACAACCUCUCCAAGAGUGGAAUGCUAAACCAAUCAAUCUGGAAUUUUCUGGUCAGCACCAAGGAGGCAAUUUGUCACCUGGGUCCUCUCCAUCUCCCAAAGGAAGAUAAGGGAAAACACUGGCACAGUAAGGAGACUUGCACAUACAUUUCUGGUAGCAGCUGGACACAGAGGGCCUGGACCCCCAACUUCUCAGGAAGACGA